AUGACCGGGAAAACGACGAAAAUUGUGCUUACGAUGGUGGUGGUUUUAAGUGUAACAGUAAAAUUUGCACGAUCAGAAGAUCAAUAUUUAGAAGAGUCGCAAGGGCAAUGUUCCACUAAAAAAGAUGUUAUUUCCUGCGCAAAAUACAGAGUGUUAAAAUAUAUUACGAAUUAUACGGAGAAUAGUUUUUUCGAGGGCAGUUUUGGUCCGUUGAGAAUGACGAGGUACGAUGAAGUUGACGGCGAGGAAGAAUCGCUGUUCUCAGGGGAAACACCGAGAUUCUUGUCGGGUUAUUCGGAGGUUGGGAAGUUUUUUAAUUUUGUCAGGAGACAAGUUGAUCACUUUUUAAACAGACAGAGUCUGCUUGUUUCGCUUCCCGAAGGAGCAAGAUUUAUUUCUUUGGAUUCGGACAGAAAAGGUGUAGAUUCGAGAGGAAAAAAGAAAAAAGCCGAUCUAUUAAUUUCGCUUCUCACGCUAUUCAAAGUAUUUAAAAUUAAAGUUUUGGUGGCUUUGGCACUCGCUGGAAUCUUGGUAAUUAAGAAAGUUCUUUUGGUUGGCGCGUUUAUUUUGCCAUCGGUUAUUCAUAACUUAAAAAUGAGUUGUAUGAAAGCUGCAGCUGGAGGAGGUUAUCAUCAUGUAACUACUAUAGAGGCUGAUCAUGAAGAUUUUGGAAACGGAUUCGGAGCUUAUGGUGGAAAUAAUUUUGGAGGACAAUACGGAGGUCAAUUUGGAACUCAAUACGGUGGUCAAACGGAUAAAUUUGGAGCUAACAUUCAAAGGCGACAAUAACAGACUUUUACUAAUCGUAUGAAAUAAGUGGCAAGAAUUAACAAUACCAAAAACUACUAG